CUUAUAAUAAAUUAUAAAAUAAAGUUGUUUACGUGUGAACUUUUUUUAAAAUCUGUGACGGAACAAGGAUGCCCGCUAUGCAAAGCUUCAUGGACUUUUGAGCUGAAUUGGAAAGCCUACAUUUAUAAAAAGUGGUGGCCCGCACGACGGAUGAGGACGAGCUGCACGACGGAAGCGGCGAUGUCGCGCUGACCGGCUACCCCUUCGUCAUGAACGACCUGUAUGUCGACGCGCGCAGGAUGCAACUCUAUUCCCACCCGCAUAUGCACCCGACGGAGCUGACGGUGCAGGCCGUGUCGUCGCACGAGCUGCUCAAGCCCAAGGAUGAGCCCUCUUACACCCUGGCGCCAAGCUCCACGCUUUGCUCGGUGGAACUCCAUCACCCAGGCUCUUCUCCGUACGAAAAUCGGCUAUGUCUUCAAGACAACAAUGGCCCGGACACAUCGAAUUCUCAAAGUGUGAAGGGCGACGAGGAGCUGUCCAGAGUUUACCAAACUUUGAACAUGCAACCACUCUCGAGAGAAGAGAACACCAGCUCUAAUAACAGUAGCGAAACUAAAAGCAAGUCAAAAUCUGCGACUCCGGCCAGCCCCGGCCGCUCGGAGAUGAAGCCCCAGUCAACCACCACCUCGCAGGCCCUCACCAAGCCCCCCUACUCGUACGUCGCCCUCAUCACCAUGGCCAUCCACAGCAGCCAGUCGAAGCGUGCCACGCUUAGCGAGAUAUACGCAUACAUCACCAAGGAGUUCCCUUUCUUCGAGAAGAACAAGAAAGGCUGGCAGAACUCGAUUCGACACAACUUGAGUCUCAACGAUUGCUUUAUCAAGGUUCCGAGAGAAGGCGGGGGCGAGAGGAAAGGCAAUUACUGGACUCUUGAUCCACACUGCGGUGACAUGUUCGAGAACGGCAACUACCGUCGCCGGCGCAGGAUGAAGCGCCCGACGAGGGCCACCCCGUACUCCAAGUCGAUAUUCGGAGACGCGUACCAUGUAGCCCACGUGGCUCAGCAUGUGCCUCCCCAUAUGCAACCUCUUCCGUUGGGCGGGAGAAACUACUUUGGAGCUACGUCUCCUUAUCCGCCGUCUUACCCGAGAUAUGACACGGCAUGGUUGUCUCCCUCCAGCGCCGGACUGGGAUACGGCGGCGCGUGCGGCGGCGUUGGCCGCAGCCCGCCCGGCUGCUCGCCGCACACCGCACUGCCGCACCAGUCCUCGCCAGUGCCGCUUAACCCGUUCGCAUCGCAUCAGCUUCAGGGUCAGAUACAGAGUCCCCUGCAACCGAUGCAGUCAAUGCCAAUGAACUACAACACUAUAGGAGGUGUCACUUCUUUGGACGGAUCUCCAAGCCCCGGGCCUGGCUAUGCGCACUCCUCAGGUGGCUUCUCACCGGGCCGACACCAUGACGUUGUCACCUCUUCUGACACCGCCGUCACAAGAUUCCCCUUUUGGACUGAAGGAGGAUCCCCGAGCCCCAACCCAGGCUACGUGCCGUCGAGCAACUACUCGCCCACGCGACGACACGAGGCCGUCACGUCUUCCGACGCGGCCUCCCGAUUUUCGUUCUGGCCUGAAGCCGUCGGUGUCAAAGAGGAGGCUUCAACGACUCUCAUUACCAACGCCGCGCCCUACUCCAAAUGUUUCAUGUGAGAUCUGAGCCAAGCGAGAAACUCACAACACUACUAUCCUGGCCCUUUUAUGUGAUGUAAUCUUUAAUCACAAUAAUCAGCGGUCUGCUUUACGAAAGCUUCUACGACCCUAUCAAAUAAAAAUUUAAAAAGAGACUUCCAUUACCUACCUACCUAAUAUUUAAAAUUGCAAUUUUCGAAAAGCGGGCCCUGAUGGUUCAUUUACAUAUUUAUAUUACUUAUACCCACAAUCUCGUGUGAGUUUAUGAAUGUAUACUUUUUACACUUUUGUUUUAGGUCGGAAUAGGACAUCGAGUGUAGGUGUUUGACGUCUAAUGCAAAGAAAUUAAAAGUAAAACUAAGUAUUUCUAUAUUUCCAAGACUUUUUCAUGCUGUCAUAUCAUUUCGUGGUUCGUUAUCGAAACGGAAUCGGAUUUACCCAAACAUUCGUGCUAGAUAGCUUUCCUUAAUGGCAAACUAAAAUGACACACUCACAUUAUGCAAACAAACAACGAAAUGAAUUGUUUAGUUUAAAGAUUGUAUGUAAUAUGAAGUUUAAUUUAAAUUUUGAGUGAUGUGAUUUGAUUACUAGCAUAUUACAAGGGGCAUAUACCAGGAUAGAAAAAUCAAAUUUGAUCUGUAAUAUAAUGUGUAGUCAACUGUUAAAACUGAUAAGGUAAUAUAAUGUGUAUAUACAAUUCUAACGUUAAACGUGCAUUUAAAUGUGUAAGUAGGGGAAAACAGAUUUGGAGUAAUUCUCGACUUUAUUAAAUGUGUUUAAUGUAUUUUAUGUGUGUUGUAAUAUUCGUUGUUUAUUCGUAUAACAAAUUGAAUAUUAGAAUUAAAAUAAAUCAGAUUGUUAACAAGUAAACCACAUAUCGUUGCUAAAAAUGCUGUAAACUAACAACUUUUUUACUUAACGGACUAAUUCGUCUAUCCCACCGUUGCAGUAGGUUUCGUAUUUCAUUGUGAAAAAUUAUUGAUUAUAUUUUAUUCUUUAAGUAGAGAGAAAUAAGAUGGGCAGGCUCAACAGAUUACUAGCUA